UGGAAGAUGGCUGUAACGGCGAGCGGUCGGCUGCUGUCGCUGCUGGGCCAGGUCCGGGCCCCGGCCCCGGCCGGGCGGUUGCUGUCCAGCGGCGUCCACGGCGAGGAGGGCACGGGCCGCCUGUGGAGAUCGCUGACCUUCUUCGUCGCGCUCCCCGGGGUGGCAGUCAGCAUGCUGAAUGCCUACCUGAAGUCGCGGGAACAUCAUGAACGACCCGAAUUCGUCCCCUACCCGCAUCUCCGCAUCCGGACCAAGCCCUUCCCAUGGGGAGAUGGAAACCAUACUCUGUUUCAUAACCAUCAUAUCAAUCCUCUCCCAACCGGCUAUGAGGAUGAAUAAAGAAAACUUGGACCAUACUAAUCAAGCACUGGGGGACCACAGCAGCUGAUGGACCAUCCUUUCCUCUGUAUGUGGAUUAGAAAAUUCUAUGGGACCUUAAGUUAACUUCCAUCACACAGUAACAAAUAUGCUGACCUUUUAUCAUUUUGCUUGUGAUUGAGGAAGGCUUAAAUAAAUCUUACCUUAGACCAUGAAAAAAAAA